AACAAGCAAUUGAAUAAAACUUACAGUAAUACUACAAUAACUUUAUUUUGGGACACUGAUGAUGGGUGUAAAUUGAAAUAUUCAUAUUGUUGCUUCCAAAAUGGUAAUAAGUCUAUUAUGUGUAAUGAUGUGAAUAAAUCAGAGCAUAUAUUUGAAGCGUCACCCAACACAAACUACACAUGCAAUUCAACUAUUCAUGAUAAAUCAAUAAAUCGUACAGUUAAGUUAACAACGGACUAUGGAAUACCAGACACACCUGAAAACUGUUUAUCAAACUCAACCGCUGAAAGUAUAACAGUUACUUGGAGUGCACCACAAAACCAGAGAAAUGGCCCUAUUCAUGGUUAUAGCAUCAGUGUACGCAAUACAAAAACUGGUGAAUAUCUAGGUACUUUUGAAAAAAAUGAUCGCAUGCAAUAUACAAGGACCAGUUUAAAACCUUACACAGAUUAUGAAAUGAGAGUACGGGCAUACACAAAAACAAAAAAUCACCCACCACUUGAGGGAAAAGCCUGCAUUGAGUCUAUUAGGACCCACCCAACAAAACCAAGUCCUUUGAAAAAACUUAAUUUAAGAUUAUCCAAAGAUGCACACAAUAUCGUAGAGGUUGAUUGUACGGGACCAGAUGAAUUAAAUGGACCUGACAAGCAGUAUAUUUUAAAAUGGGAUGGUGAUGAUGAAAAGAAGAACAGCAGUUGCACAUUCACAGUGGACAAGCUUUCUUUUUUAAAAACGUACACUUUUACAGUAUUGGUUUCCAAUGGACAUUAUUCUUCAGACCCAAUAUCGAAAGAAAUAACCACCAAGUAUGAUACUAACGCCGUCAUUGGAUUCUUGGCCUUCCUGAUUAUUGUAACAGUUUUGGCUUUACUUCUUGUCCUGUAUAAAAUAUACAUCCUUAACAGAAAGAACUCAAGAGAUGAAGAAGAAGGAGUAAGGCUUGUAACCAGAGAUGAUGAAAGACACAUGAAGAACAUAGACCCAAUUCCUGCAGAGUUAUUGUGGGAGACUUAUAAGAGAAAAAUAGCAGAUGAAGGAAGGCUUUUUCUGGAUGAAUUUCAGAGCAUUCCCAGAGUCUUCAGUAAAUACCCUAUAAAAGAAGCACGCAAGCCUUUUAACCAGAACAAAAACCGCUACAUCGAUAUCCUGCCCUACGAUUACAACCGUGUGGAGCUUACCUCAAGCCCUGGGGAGCAGGGAUACGACUACAUAAAUGCAAGCUAUAUCGAUGGUUUCAAAGAAAUGAGAAAAUACAUUGCUGCGCAAGGUCCCAAGGAAGAGACAAUAGACGAUUUCUGGAGAAUGAUCUGGGAACAAAAAGCAACCAUUGUUGUCAUGGUGACUCGCUGUGAGGAAGGCAGCAAGAUCAAAUGUGCCAAGUAUUGGCCAUCAAUGGAGGAGGAGACUGCAUCUUAUGGGGACAUUAUAGUAAGCAUAAAUGAAUGCAAGGUGUGUCCAGAUUACAUAAUUCAGAAGCUACACAUCAACCAUAGAAGAGACAAGUCAGCAGGAAGAGAUGUGACCCACAUUCAGUUUACAAGCUGGCCAGAUCAUGGGGUGCCCGAUGAUCCCCAUCUCCUGCUCAAGCUGCGCCGCCGAGUCAAUACUUUAAGCAACUUUUUUAGUGGCCCAAUAGUAGUCCAUUGCAGUGCUGGUGUAGGACGCACUGGAACCUAUAUUGGAAUUGAUGCAAUGCUGGAGGCAUUAGAAGCUGAAGGACGAGUUGAUGUAUACGGGUAUAUUGCAAAGUUACGACGUCAGCGAUGCCUCAUGGUUCAAGUGGAGGCACAGUACAUCUUGAUCCACCAUGCUUUGGUUGAAUAUGUCCAGUUUGGCGAAACGGAAGUCUUUGUUUCAGAACUGCCCAACUAUCUCAGCCAGCUAAAGAAAAAGGAUUCUCCCAAUGAUCCAUCUCUGCUAGAAGCUGAAUUUCAGCGACUGCCUUUAUACAGGAACUGGCAGAAUCAGAAAGCUGGUAGAAAGGAAGAAAACAGACAGAAAAACCGGAGUUCCACAGUAAUUCCAUAUGAGUACAACAGAGUGUUAUUCAAACAUGAAGAAGAAGGGAGCAGAGAGAGUGAACUUGAUGCCGAUUCUUCUGACGAGGAUAGUGAUUGUGAAGAGGAACCCAAUAAAUACAUCAAUGCUUCCUUUGUACCAAGUUACUGGACUCAAAAUGGAAUUAUAGCAACACAAGGACCACUUCCAGAAACAAUAGGUGACUUCUGGAACAUGGUUUAUCAAAAGAAAGUCAAAGUUAUUGUUAUGCUGACGGACAAUCAGGAACUCUGUGCGCAGUAUUGGCACGAAGAAAAAAUGACAUACGAUAAUAUCACAGUUGAACUAAAAGAUAGCAACUGUAGUCCCAGUUACACCAUUCGUGCCUUUGAUAUAACUCAUGUAAAGAGGAAAGACAACAAGAAAGUGUUUCAGUAUCAGUACCAUAAAUGGGAUAGUUCUGCUCUCCCAGAAACCCCCCAAGACUUAACCACCAUGAUUCAGAAUCUCAAACAGAAGUUUUCAACCCAAGAUGCAGCUGAAGCAAAUAUGACCAACAAGAUCAAGAAUGUCCCACUUGUUGUCCACUGUGGUGAUGGUUCUAAGCAAACGGGAGUAUUUUGUGCUUUGCUAAAUCUCUUGGAAUGUGCUGAGACUGAAGGCGUAAUAGAUGUUUUCCAAGUUGUGAAAGCUCUUCGUAGAGCCAGACCAGAAAUGGUCUCCUCCUUUGAAGAUUAUCAGUUUCUAUAUGAUACUAUUGCAAGCCUGUAUCCUGCCCAGAAUGGACAGCUACAAAAUGCCCAAUGCCAUGAACAAAUCACUAACAUCCAGAAGGAAGCCAAGAAGGAAGAAGAGAAUAACUCUUUGGAAUCUGAUUUCCAUCUUAUGAGUCAAGAAAAUGGAGAUGAUGCUGAAAUGUGCGAUGAUUUCAAAGGCCAGGAUACAUCUAGGGAAGCAGAGAGUUCUUUUAAUGGACCUACAAAUCUGGUUUUAAGUGACAUGGCUUAGACCUUGAAUCAAUCCUCUCCACGUGCUGCAGGGAAUCUUCCCGCAAAAGAAAAUUGAAACCAGAAUAUUAGAAAUGGGCAUUCCUUUACAGCUUGUAAAACUCAAAGGAUUAUUUUCUUCCAAGGAAUAAUAUUGAAGAAUGAGGAACUUUUGAAUAGAUAGAAGACGACUGUGAAUUUUGUAUGUGUGUUUGUAUGGAGAUUUGCCAUUUUUAAUCACUGGGUAUAAUCUGGGUAUAAUCUGUACUUUUAAUAUUUUUGGAAGUACAGGAAAUAUAGCUCCAAAAGAAGAAGACUGUUCUACUGUUCCUUGUUGCUGUUGUUUUUAAGAGGAAAGAAAGUUGUUCAUGCACAUGUUUAGAUACAUAUUUGUCUGUGAAAAAAUUCAAGUUGGUAUCCAAAAAGAAAGCACAAUUGACCUUCUCUGCAGUUGCCGUAGUAUAUUUUUUCAGAUGAGAACUAUUAGGCCCAUACUUCUAAAAUGAUUUGGAUUUUAAAACAAAUUUCUGAUAUUGCAUGAGAGUUAUUUAUAAAUGUCUUGGAAUGGGGACCAAAACCCUUCAUCUUUGGUCGAAAUCCAUAGAGAUUACAUGCUAAUGAUAUACAGGUCUAAUUAGGUUUGCCCCAUUGGCUCUAAUAAUCACAAAGUGAUUCCGGUUUAAAUAUGGCGAAAGAAUGUAGAAUGUUCACUGGAGUCAUCGCAUACUAAAAUGAAAUGAACAGAUUUCAGUUUUGCAGGUUUACUGGGUAAUAAUGAAUUGAGACAGCUUGGACAAAUGUUCACAAAACAAGAGAGGUUUAAAAUAAAGUUGAUGAUCUGGGUUAGCAUAAACCUGGUCACAAAAUUGGGUAAAGGAUCUUAAAAAGUUAAAAUGUCUUUGAGUUGAGCUCAGCUACUGAAAGUAUGAUAUCCUUUUUUCAACAGCAACUUUUAAGUGUUUUUGCCAAAGCACAACUUUCUAGUAAAAGUUUUUGACUUGCAAAUCUAAACUUGGCCUCAAGAUGUCACUGUAUGUACAGAAAUUCACCUGAAUCACCAACAAAACUAAAGUUCAGAAUGCUGAAAGCUGGAUAAACUUUAUUCAGCUAAUGUUUUUUAGACAUGUUAAUACAGAAGUUCUGUUUUGUACUCUUGUUUCUAUGGCUUGAAUAGAAGUUUUAUUUACAAGAUGCUCUAUUUUAUUCUUUAUAGUUUAUUAUUCCUUUGGAAAGCCUGCACUUUGCAUUAAAUU